UUCUCGACCUUUUCCAGAUAGUGGACGACGUGAAUGUCAAAGUUUUGAUUUCACUAAGAUGCGGUCUGUUGAAUAUUUUCGUGUCUUUUCUUGCGACCUUGUCCGAAUGCAGUAUUGACGGAUCAAUCAGUGGAAAAUCGUUGGAGCUGUCUUCCCGUGAGCGGUCGGAGUUGUUCCUGUUGAAGAAACUUCUGGAGCUGUACGAGACGAAGCACUGGAAGGACUGGUUGAUCUUUGCCGCACUGUCGGACAAUCGGAGUACUUAGUCCGUCAAGCUUGGACCUAGGAAUGCUAUCGAAAGAUGUCAAGCGCUGCCUAUUGAUUUACGCGUCUGAAACUGGACAAGCGAAAAGCAUCGCAGAGGAGAUUCAGCAUUCCGCUCAGGGGCACGGGUUCUUUUUGGAUGUGAAGUGCGUCAGUCGCGUCGAUCGAGAGUUUGAUCUUACUGAAGAAAAGGUCGUGAUCGUACUUGCGUCUACUACUGGAGACGGAGAGCCUCCGGAAACGGCGAGGAAAUUUUAUCGCCGUUUGAAGCAAAAAUCGUUGCCCUCGGAUCAUUUAGGACAUUUGAAGUUCGCUCUCCUUGCUUUGGGCGACACUAACUACACGAAUUUCUGCAAUUUCGGAAAGUCGGUGAACAGACGUUUAUUGGAACUCGGAGCGCAGAGUUUUUGUAGAGCGGCUUGGGCUGACGACGCGAUUGGGCUAGAAGUUGUGGUGGAGCCGUGGAUAGAAGAUCUUUUUCGCGCUCUGCAUUUGGAAUUCGCAGAUUCGAAAAGCUGUCGAGUCUGUGAUUCCCUGUUUGCGGAACAAUUUUGCAACUUUGAAAUGGAUGGAGUCACCCUUGCGCAUUCGCCGAAUCUAGCCAAGUUAGAGUUGAACUUGCCACCUGCUCCUGCUCCGUUUCUGUCGAUCGAGUUUCGGGAUUUCUCUCAAGAUGAGAAUAGGAGUCAUCAUUUGAAGAAUCCUCCGAGUCUAGACCCGGACUCGGAAGGAGUUUUCUCUGCAAAGUUUCUGAAUACUGUGGAACUAACGAUGAAAAACGCUGAUAAACUGAAGUACGAGAUUGAAUUCCGGCCCGAAAAGGAAAUCACAUGGCGUGAAGGAGACUCUUUCGGACUAUUUUGUCCGAAUCCAUCGGAAGAAGUUAACCUAGUACUUGAGCGAUGCGGAGUCUCAACUCAAGAUUCAAUACGUGAAUUCAUAAUCACUAAAGACGAGGAUACCAAGAAGAAAGUGCCUGAUCAUCUCCCUGUGUCUGGAUGUUCGCUUGUGUAUGUUUUCACAUAUUGUUGUAGCAUCAGGAUGCCGUUGAAGAAGGCGUUUUUAAUGGCUUUAGCUGACUGCUGCGAAAAUGAUGGUGAAAAGCGAAGAUUAUUGGAGCUGAGCUCUCGACAAGGAGCCGCUGAAUACUCGAAACUCGUAUCGGAUGCCGGACUGACGUUGUUCGAUUUGUUGGAGACGUUCAUUUCUUUGAAACCUGAUCCUAGUCGUCUGUUGGAACAUUUCCCAAGAUUGCAACCUCGAGCUUACUCGGCAGUAUACUCAUCAGAUAUUUGCAAAAGUUUGAAGUUUGCGUACACCUAUGUCGAAUUUCCGGAAAGCAAAACAAGGAGCCGACGACAAUUCGGAGUUUGCAGUAGUUGGCUUCGUGACAAGUUCGGACCAGAUUCGAUCCCGCUUGAGGACCUAUCUUUGGAAGCAACUCAUGCUGCUACUGACAAGAUUUGGAUUUACAAGAGGAAAUCAACAGGCUUUCAUCUUCCGGAAAAUCAUCUUGAUGUUCCAGUGAUUCUUAUUGGUCCUGGAACUGGAGUCGCUCCUUACAUUGGCUUCCUGGCGAAGAGGAAAGAAGAUUUGAAGAGGGCUGAAAAAGACGAUUUUAAACCUGCGCAGUGCUGGUUGUUCUUCGGCUGCCGGCAUCAAGAACGAGACUUUCUUUACGAAGGAGAAAUCCGGAAAUACCUGGAGGAGAAGGUUCUGGACAAAGUUUUCGUGGCUGUGUCGGGCACCGAGUGUGGUUUUAUUUUGGGCAGUUCUAAUACAGAUCAAGAGUUGGGAUCAUGCAAGUAUGUUCAAGAUGCCGUUCGAAUGGUAAAGCACGAUGUACGAGAACAUUUGGUGAAGAAUUCCGGACAUGUUUUCGUUUGUGGGGAUGCAGUUGGAAUGGGAAAAGCGGUGCAACAAGUGUUUAUGGAAAUCCUUGCUGUGGAAGGUUCUUCCGAUCCGUCCAAAAACGAAGAGUUUGAAAGGAUGAUCCGGGAGAAGAGAUAUCAUCAGGACAUUUGGACGUCUGAGAUUGAAGCCGAGCUCUCGUUUCGAGAGCUUCAUGUCCUAGACGGACACGUUGUGAAAACGACGGGGAGGGAACAGAAAUCCCUCGGUUCCUUGACGGGUGUCGAGGAUCGACUUUUGCCAUACCGCUGCCUUUGCGACCGAAACUCGCUUAAGAUGACGGAGGAGACCGAAAUGCGUGUUCCGAAAGAUUUCUUCCAUUUCGUUUCUUUUCCUGUGCUAAUCAUGCCAUAUUGCAUGGGAAUGAAUAUGAUUGGCGCAUUCAAUCCUGAAGCUGUGCCAACUGGAUUGCCGUUGAGUACUUUUUUCAAGUACUUGUGCGAUCACUAUUACUACAUCGUCGUCGUUCCUACAGCGUUCAUUGCAGUUGGAACUCACCUCAUUGAAAUCUCGGUCGCAUUACCGUACAUACGGAAAUACCAACUGACUUUCAAGGCGGCAACGUUGUGGAUUUUGUCAAUAUUUUUCAUAGGAUUUCCGUGCUUGAAUGCUUUACGUUGGCCGGAUCCGGAAAAAAUCAAGCAGCAUCUGGAGAAAACCGGUCGAUCUCCAGAACCUCGUGAUUCUACCGUCAAAGUUCGUCUGGAUGAUGGAGAAAAGGUAGAGAUUGAGAAACAAACGCACGAGACGUCGUCGGAAAAGCAAUUUUAUCACAUACAAGUGGAGGAAGACGUGAAUCCCGGGGAGAUUCUCGAUGUUCACAUACCAUUUCGCGGGCGUCUUGCAGAAGGAUUCCAAGGAUUCUUCCACGUGAAUUAUGAAGAUCGAGAUGGGUCUAAGGAUAUGGUUGCUACGCAUUUUCAGCCGACGAGUGCCAGAGCUGCUUUUCCGUGUUUCGACGAACCGCAUUUCAAGACCCCGUUCAAGAUCAACGUUGCGAGGCCGAAAUACGAAAAUUUGCAAUCAUUUUCGAAUAUGCCUAUCGUUGGGACGAAGCCUGUGGAAAGAGAUGAAAGGUACAUCUGGGACGUGUUCGAUACUUCCCCGCCGAUGCCGACGUAUUUGGUGACUUUCGUGGUGGCUGAUUUUACGGUUUACACGGCUAGCGACUGGUUCCAGAGGCUCAUUUGUCGCGAAUCUAUGAAGGAAGAGAUGACCUAUGCCUUGAAAAUUUUGCCUUACGUGUUUUACGAGGUCAGGGCCUUGUUUCGAGCUCCCUAUGCUCUUCCAAAGUUGGAUCAUCUUGCAAUAGUUGGUUGGAAUGGCGGUAUGGAGCAUUAUGGACUCAUCACUUAUGGGGAGGAUUCCAUCGCCGUUGAUUACGAUAUUGAGGGUCUGGAGUUCAAUCGACGCAAAAAUAUGUCAUUGAGCAUAAUUUGUCAUGAAACCUGUCAUAUGUGGCUCGGAAAUUUGGUGACAACUAAAUGGUGGGACACGAUUUGGCUAAACGAAGGAAUAACUCAGUUUUUUACGCACUACGUUGCCGGCAGGGUAGAUCCGAACAGCAAUUUGGCUGAGAUGUUGCCGAUUAGUCUGACGGAAAGGGCGAUGUUGUAUGAUGCCGAGCGAACAGCUAUUCCUAUGGUGGAAUCCAUCGAGAAAAACUCCGAAAUUCCGCGAGCGUUUAGUGCCAAGCGAACUUAUUACAGAGGAGCUGCCAUCACUAACAUGCUGAUGCACAUAAUGUCUGAAACACGAUUCAUUUCGGCAAUUGUGAAUUACGUCAAGAAAUUCGCGCACAAGAGCGUGGGACAAGAAGACUUCUUCGACGAGAUGGAUUCCGUGGCGCGGAUUUACAUGAGAAUCCCGCGCUGGCACUCCAUUGAUGACAUCAUGGGUCCGUGGACGAAGCAAGUCGGCUUUCCUCUGGUCACCGUCAAUAGGGAUUAUGACAGAAAUAUGGUCACUUAUUCCCAGAAGCGAUUCAGGAACAUCAACGGGAAUUUGCACUCGGAUGAAACGAAGUGGGUGAUUCCCAUUACCUUUACAACGGAGGUCGACAAAGAUUUCACUGCGACAUCCCCCGAAUUUUGGCUGGCCGGACAGUCCACUGAGAAACCUCUGAAGCUGGAUGAUGACGACUGGCUUCUUGUGAAUGUUCAACGAGUCGGAUAUUACCGGGUUAAUUACGACACGGAGAAUUGGAUGUUGUUGGUGGAGCAACUGCAGAGGGAUCCAUUGGAAAUCCAUGUGAUUAAUCGAGCCCAGUUGAUCAGCGACGCUUUCGUAUUGGCCUCGUACAAUUUGGUCGAUUGGAAAGUCAUUGAAGGAUUGGCGGAAUAUCUAAAAAAUGAAGAGGAUUUCCUUCCUUGGCUCUCGGCGUCCAAGCAUUUGUAUGCUUUGUCCACAUACUUGCCAGACUAUAAGGACCAUAGGGAAUGGGCGACGCAGUUGAUCCUGGAUAGUCAGUCGAAACUGAUGUCCAAGUUUUCGGCGGCUUCGAUUGGACAGGAGAUCGCACAGGCUUUGGAGAUUCCAGGAAGCCGGAAACAGCCGAAAACCAUCAACCAUAAUUCGGAACGCAAGGGGAUGUUGAUUAGCAUUAUGAAGAAGCUGUAUCACGACUUCCGGAUGACAGGCGCGAGUGGUGCUCAUGAAUUUCUGAUAGACGAAGAAGUAUUCUGGGACCAACAUCUGGCUCACAGAAGUUCCGGGUCGGCGAAUGAUUCGUCGAAGCCCAACGGUGCUGGGAAGAAAUCUCGCGUUUUAAUGGAUUGUUCACCAAGCUAAUCGAAUAUAUCCUUUUCUAAACGAUGGUCGGUGAAUAAAUUGCGCGAAAAAGUUUA